AUGCAGGGGCUGAUGUGGGCUCUGUGCUCCCUGCUCUGCCUCUCCAUUUGGGAUCAAAGUUACUGCCGGACCUCCAGGGAAGCCCACAGGAGCAGGGAGCCAUCGCUGCAACGAAGGAAACGAGCUCCCGCAGAUCCUGAUGCUAAAAAAUGCUCCUAUACAUUCCUGGUGCCUGAGCAGAGGAUCACAGGCCCGAUCUGUGCCAGCACCUCCGGCCCGGAGCCAGACAAGGACCGCGUGACCCGUAUGGACAUUGCAGAUGUGCGGGAAGUGCUCAGCAAACAGCGGCGUGAGAUCGAGACACUGCAGCUGGUGGUGGACGUGGAUGGGAACUUGGUGAAUGAGAUGAAGCUUCUCAGGAAGGAGAGCAGGAACAUGAACUCCAGGGUGACCCAGCUCUACAUGCAGCUGCUACAUGAGAUCAUCCGCAAACGGGACAACUCUUUGGAACUGGCCCAGCUGGAGAACCGCGUCCUGAACGUGACCUCAGAGAUGAUGCGGCUCGCCUCCCGCUAUAAGGAUCUGGAGGCCCGCUACGCCAACAUGGCUGCUGUGGUCAACAACCAGUCUGUGCUCAUCACUGCACUGGAGGAGCAGUGUAUGAGGACCAUAGGCCGCGGUGAGCUGCCUGUUGUCCCACCGCUGGUCCAGGUGGUGCCCCAGAACAUACCUGUCAAUCACCGCAUCAACAACGAGAUACAGAGAGUCAACAGCAACAACAGGGCCUUCCCCCGAGGUUCCCGAAUGAACUCUCCCACUGCAAGUCCUUUAGGAGACAAUCCAGCUCCAGACGGCACCCUCACCUCUGAUGGUCCAUUCAAAGACUGCUACCAGGUGCGUCAGGCGGGGUACAGCACCAGUGGGAUGUACCUGUUGAAGACUGAGGGCAGCGAGCGGCUCAUUCAGGCCUGGUGUGAACACAGCCUGGACAACGGGGGCUGGACGGUGCUACAGCGCAGGAAAGAUGGCUCUGUGAACUUCUUCAGAAACUGGGAUAACUACAAGAAAGGAUUUGGCAACAUUGACGGGGAGCACUGGCUGGGACUAGACAAUAUCUAUAACUUGGCCAAACAAGGCGACUAUAGGCUGAUGAUUGAGCUGGAGGACUGGACAGGAAAGAAGGUCUAUGCGGAGUACAGCAGUUUCCGUUUGGAGUCGGAGAGUGAGGGAUACCGGCUCAGACUUGGAACGUACCAGGGCAACGCGGGAGACUCUUUCACCAGCAACAAUGGGAAACAGUUCACCACACUGGACAGGGAUAAAGACGCGUUUACUGGUAACUGCGCUCACUUCCAUAAGGGUGGCUGGUGGUACAAUGCCUGUGGUCAAACCAACCUGAAUGGGGUCUGGUACAGCGGAGGGGUCUACCGCAGCAAGUUUCAGGACGGAAUCUUCUGGGCUGAAUACGGGGGUGGAUACUACUCUCUCAAAUCGGUUCGCCUCAUGAUAAGACCAAUCGACUAA